AUGGCCGAUACUGCAGCACCUCCAGUGUUCAAGAAGCGCAACAACAAGACCAAUCUUCGCAAACGUCCAGCAACACCUCCUCCUGCAGACUCCGAGUCCGAAUACACAUCGUCCGAAGAGAAUGGCGUACGCAUAAAACGUCGUCGCACCGAAGGAGUUACGACAACACAAUCAACUGCUCGUGCAGCGGAUCUUCGCAAAUCUACAGCAUAUGCUGCGGAUCGCUCCACGAACAUCACCGCCAACGACGAUGCUACCAAGGCAAGCACAUGGUUUACUGAUGCUGCGCUCGCGGCUGGUGAUGCGCCUGUGAAGGAGGCGCAAGCAAAGGAGGAUGGCGUGUAUGGUGGCACGGCACAGUAUGGCUCAUUCAUCCAGAAGAAUCCAGACGCAAAGAAGCUGGGACCACAGAAAGCUCCCACGAAUGUUCGGACAAUCACUGUGACGGACUUUGCGCCGGAUGUUUGCAAGGACUACAAGCAGACGGGUUUCUGUGGGUUCGGUGAUAGCUGUAAGUUCUUGCAUGCGAGAGAGGAUUACAAGCAAGGUUGGCAACUGGACAAGGAAUGGGAGAAGGUGGGGAGCAAGAAGGACAAGAAGGACGGAGGGAAAGAGGAUGAGGGGUUGAAUGAAGAGGAGAAGAUGUUAAGGGACAUUCCAUUCAAGUGUGUCAUUUGCAAGGAGGAUUACAAGACUCCUGUUGUCACGAAGUGUGGGCAUUACUUCUGUGAGAAGUGUGCAAUGGGGAGGUAUAUGAAGGGAAAGAAGAAGACCUGUGCGGCAUGUGGUGCAGACACAGGUGGAAGCUUUGGGGUUGCAAGGAAGCUCAAGGCAUUGCUUGAAAAGAAGCGGAAAAGAGAAGAGGAGAAGGCGGCCGAGGCGGAGGCUGAGGAAGCUUGA